AUGGCUUCUCCUUGCAUUCUCUUUCUACUCUGUGUUCUGUCUCUAAUCGCAUCCACUUCUUCCAAACCCAACACCAUUACCCUCCCUCUUUCUCCCUUAUUCACCAAAUCCUCAUCCUCUGAUCCAUUUCAGACCAUCAAACUCGCCGCAUCUGCUUCUCUAUCCAGGGCCCAUCACCUCAAGCACCGCAAAUCAGGUCACAAUUCUUCUUCCCCUGUCAAAACACCAGUUUAUCCCAAAGGUUAUGGAGGAUAUUCCGUAGAUCUUAAAUUCGGAACCCCACCUCAAACCUUAUCUUUCGUCUUGGACACUGGAAGCAGCCUCGUCUGGCUCCCCUGCUCCUCUCGCUAUACCUGUUCCAAUUGUAACUUCCCAAACAUUGACCCAACAAAAAAUCAUACCUUCAUUCCUAAGAAUUCAUCUUCUUCCGAGAUCGUAGGUUGCAAAAACCCAAAAUGUGGGUGGCUUUUCGGCCCCGACGUGCAUUCUCGAUGCCAAGGAUGCAAACCCGAUGCUCAGAAUUGUACCCUGAAUUGCCCUGUUUACAUUAUUCAAUACGGGUUGGGCUCAACAGCUGGGCUUUUACUCUUGGAAAAUCUCAACUUUCCGGGAAAAAUCGUAACCGAUUUUCUCGUUGGGUGUUCUAUCCUUUCGAUCCGGCAACCGUCCGGGAUCGCCGGCUUCGGACGCGGGAAAGAAUCGCUGCCGUCGCAGAUGGGUCUCAAGAGAUUCUCCUACUGCUUGAUUUCCCACCGGUUCGACGAAUCGCCGGAGAACAGUGACCUCAUUUUGCAGAUUGACUCCACCGGCGGCGCCAAGACCCGUGGACUCAGCUAUACGCCGUUUCACCGAAACCCAUCUGUUAACAACUCCGCAUUCAGAGAGUACUACUACGUGACCCUUCGCAAGGUAAUCGUCGGCGGCAAGCAAGUGAAGAUUCCGUUCAAGGUACUGGAGCCAGGUUCUGACGGCAAUGGUGGCACCGUCGUGGACUCUGGUUCAACGUUCACGUUCAUGGAAAAGCCCGUCUAUGAUCUGGUGGCGCAAGAAUUCGAGAAGCAAUUGGCCAAUUACACACGUGCCAAGGACGUUGAAACCCAAUCUGGUUUGAGUCCCUGUUUCAAUUUCUCCGGUGUGAAAAAGGUGCCUUUCCCUGAAUUAACUUUCCAAUUCAAAGGCGGCGCCAAGAUGGCGUUGCCUGUUGCGAAUUAUUUCUCGUUGUUCGGCGAUGCAGAGGUGGCUUGUUUGAUCAUUGUCUCCGACGGAGGUGCCGCCGGUCCUGCGAGGGCUGGUGGUCCGGCGAUCAUCUUAGGGAACUACCAGCAGCAGAAUUUCUACGUUGAAUAUGAUUUGGAAAAUGAGAGGUUCGGAUUUCGGCCACAGAGCUGCAAAAGGAGUGCUUAGUUUAGCACGUGGGAAAUAAUGUGCCGUGGCGGUGGACACACUGUAUCGGAGACAACGCCGCUGACAUCACGGCGGUAAUUGAAGAUGCAUGGUUGUACUUGUAGCUGCAGUGGCUCGUCAUCGUUUAUUAUUAUUAUUUUUUUAUUUAUUCAGGGGAUUAGUGCAGUAAGCAAAUAUUUAUGUCAUAGGAUGAUUUUAUAUUUA